AUGGGAAAUCUUGACGACGAACUAGCACUUUUUGAAAGUGAAAUCGCUGCGAUUGAACAAUCGGUACCAAAUGUGGAGACUUCUAUUGGAUAUGAGAAGGCUACGGGUGGCGCUCCCACUUCAGAAGAGCCCAAACCGUCAAAAAAGGUUCUUCCAACAGCACCGAUGGCACCACCAUUGAUUCCACCGUCUUAUGCUUCGCCAUUCAUUGCCAAUACUCUUGGUAAGCCACUCUUGAUGCCGCCAGUACUCAUGACUCCGCAAAUUCGUCCACACGUUCCGCCUCCCGUUAUCAGUCAAUCGGAUGCUACAGCUACUAUCGAAGGAGCACCGGCGAUUUACGAUACACCAGCUAUUAACUCGAUUCCACCAGAGUUGUGUCGAACUCAAGCGCUUCCAUCGGAUAUUGAGAAAAUGCAUUUCAAAAGGCAGACAGAUCCUCUGAAGAAGAGAAUCAAGGAGCAGCAGUCGAAGAAAAAAUACGUAAGAAGUGGUGGCGGUCAAGUUUGGGAAGAUUCUUCGUUGGCCGAAUGGGAUGAAAACGAUUUUCGAAUUUUCUGCGGUGAUUUAGGAAAUGAGGUUUCCGAUGAGCUUCUCGCUAAAGCAUUCAGAAAGUAUCCGAGCUUCCAAAAAGCAAAAGUUGUCAGAGAGUCUCGCUCGAACAAAAGCAAAGGAUAUGGCUUUGUGUCAUUCCGCGAUUCUGAUGACUAUGUGCGGGCUAUGCGUGAGAUGGAUGGCAAGUACGUUGGAAAUCGUCCGAUAAAACUGCGAAAGUCGACAUGGAAGGAGCGCAACAUUGAUGUUAUCAAAAAGAAGCAACAAAAGAAGAGGGAGCUCGGAAUUAUCAUCUAA